AUGUAAAAAUUAUUUCUUUGGUUUAAAAUUAAAUUACUGCAAGUUAUAUUGUAUAAAAAAUAUAAUAUUUUUAUAUUUUUUUAUUAAUUUUUAUUAAAGAUGAAUGAAUUAAUAAACAAUAAAAUUAUAGAAGAUAUUUAUAUUAAUAAUAUACAUUCAGAAAUAUUAUCCAGAAGUGGAGAUUUGAUAAAAUUUUUAUCAAAAGAAAACGCCUUAGACAAAAAAAUGAUAAGUUAAAUGUUUACUGCAAAUGAAAAAUAAGAUUAGAUGACAAAAUAAAUAUUUAUAAAAUAAUUAAGCUAAGUUGUUAAAGAUGCAAGCAAAAUAUAGAAACAAUAUUUCAUUUAAAAUAUUAAAUAAAUAGAUAUAAAAGAUUUAACAAAAGAACAUAUUUAAUUAAUUUAUGAAUUAAACAAAAAAAUUUAACAUUCAAUAAAUAUUAUGAAAUAAAUAAUAAAUACUUAUUCGAUAAAAUUUAAUACUUAUAAUUAAAAUCAAGAAAAAUAUUAUGAAAAAAUGACUUACAAGCAUGAAAUUGUACACGUUUUAACUAAAAAUUAAGGAUUAGUAUAGAAUAUAUUGAAUAAUAUAUAAUAUUUAAAAGAAGAAUAUGUAUAAAAAACUGAAAAUUAACAAACAUCAUCAAUUUAAUAAAAUAAUUAUUUAAGCAGAUAUUGUAAUAAGAUUAAAGAAAGAAUCGAGUUCAUUAAAUUCUUGAAUAAUUGUUUGGAUACAGAAAACAAAUUUAUAAAUGCUGGGUUUUUAUAAUCUUUGUGGAAAGAUAUUGUUAAUAAGGCUAUAGACUUGGAAGAAGUUGAUAUUAUGUAUAAAUGGAUUAGAGAUUUAGCUGAAUAAUAAGGAGAGAUUAUAUAAGAAAUAGGUAACUUUUUGUAAGAAUAAUUACUAUAAAAACCUAGUUUAGUGUAAUAAAUUAGUUUAGAAGGAUUUAAGUGUUAUAAAGUAAUGUUUAUAUAGCUUAAUUUGUAGAAUAAUAUGCUAAAAGUUAUUGAUGAUUAAAAAAAGAAUAAAUUUUAUGGAAGUGAUGGAUCGCAUAAUUAUAAUAUGUCCAUAGAUAAAAAAAAAAAUGAAUGUGACGAUUUAAAUGAUAAAAAAUAUAAAAAUGGAUAAUUAAAUUACGAAGAAGGAUAAUAAAAUAAUUUUUAAAAAAUAAAUUAUGAAUGCAACGAUGAAUAACAAUUUAAAUUUUAUACUGUUGUUCAGCCUUCAUUUUUAAAAGGUUUUUUUAUAUUUUGGAGUAAUUAUCCAAAUAUAAAAAAAACUAUUGAUAUAAUAAAUGCACUUUUAAAUGAAAGCGAGAAAAAAGGAAUUGGAAAUUUAAAACCUUUAAAUGGACUAGUAAAAGGCGAAAUAUAAAAUUUGUUAAUAAAUAAUGAAGCUACAUUUAAUUAUGAAGGAAAUAAAAAAAUAGAAAUAAAAAUAGAAUCUAAUAAAACAAUUAUUGAUUUAAAGAUUUUGAUCGCUAAAAACAUUUAAACUUCUUGGGAUUAAAUAAAAUUAAUAAGGGCUUCUCAUUUUAAUUUAUUAAAAGAAUCUGAUAAUAGUAAAACUAUUGGAGAAAUACGUUUUAAAAAUAAUGAAACCAUUACUGUGGAAAAAAAAGUUGUUCCUACUCUCUCUGAGGUUCCUUUAACUAAUGAAGAUGGUUCUUUAUGUGAUCGAGUAAAAAUAAUAUUUAUUGAUUGGUUUAAUUAAUUUUCUGUUGAUGGAAAAAUGGAUAAAGAAAAUUGUGCUAAAUUUAUACAUAGUUGUGCUAAUGAUAAUUGCAAAGCAGAUGAUCCGAGAGUUAUCUAAACUUUUAAUGAAUGGGAUGACGAUAAAGACAAUUUACUUACAUUAGAGAACUUUCUUUCUUUUUAUAAAAAAGCUUGCUUUGAUAAAAUAAGCGUUGUUUGGAAAAACCUGCAUUCUCAUGGAUAUAGAAAUGAUUUAAAAAAGCUUUCCGAAAUAGGAGAAGAAGUUGAAGAUAUUAAUAUUUUACCAAGAAAAAUUUUAAUGUAAAAUUAUUCUUUUUAUAAUCUUCUAUUUAGUCUAUUAGAUAUUAAUGAAGUAGCUGAAUAAGUUAAAAGUCUUUUAAAUAGACUGCCUAUUUCACCUGAAAUUAUGAAUAAAGUUGUUAAUUUGGAAGGAGUGAAAUAAGUAAAAGAUAGAAAUUGGAAUUAAAUAUUUGAUACUUAAAAUAGUUAUAAGCUUUUGUAUAUUCUAACUAUUAUUGAAUAUCUAAUGGAAUAAUAAGAUGAGGAAAAUAAAAUUAUUAAUAACGUAGUUAAUUGGUGUGAAGAAUUUAUUGAGUGUGGAGGAUUUGAAUAAUUAUUUAUUGUCUUUAAGUAGUAUUCAUAACAUGAUUAUUAGAAAUUGCCUUGUAAUUAAAAAAAUAUUAUUUCUUUUAUACUUAGAAUUAUGAAAAAUUACUUAACUUCAUUGUUUACUAAUAAGAUACCUCAAUUAUAUAAAAUUAAUUAUUAUGCAACAUAAAUUAAAUUUUCACUUGACAUUAUUGAUGAAAAUUUAAGAAAUUUAGAAGAAACAGACUUUUAAAACUUAAAAGAAAAACUUAAUGGCAAGUUAGGAGAGAUGAUAUUAAACACAUUAGAUUUAAAAUAGAUAUUAAAGAAAUUAAUAGAAAUAUUACACAAUAUACUAAGUGGAAUAAGUGAUUUGGAAAGUGAAGAUCGAGUUAUAAUAGAUUUUUCUUGGUGUAUAAUAAUAGAUAUAACUUUAUUCGAUAAUUAAACUAGAAAAAUAUUAUAUGAAAGCGAACUUUUUGAAAGUAUAGUUAUGAAUGGACUAUUUAAUUAGAAUUUGACAGUAAGAAGAAUAUUUUCAAAUGGUCUUUAUUUAAUAAGUAGAUAUGAUAGAAGUAAAUUUUCUGAAAAUUUAUUAAGGAUUUUAUUAGAGAAUAUUCCUAAUUGUAAGGAUGUAUCAAAAAGUGACUGUAAUUAAUAUUAUAAUUUGUUUUGUAAAGUAAUUUAAGAGUCUAAAUUUAUAAAUGAUUUUUAAAUUGAUUACGCGACAUUAGUUGUUAAUAUGAUUUAGAAUAUAAAAUCCCAUGUUUCUUAAGAAACUAGGGAAGGUAAUAAAUGUGAUAAAAUGUUAAUAGGAUUUCUUAAUAUGUGUGAUAAAAUUUUUAGCUUAAUUUAGCCUUCUUAAGUGUCUAAAGUUGUUGAUUUGGUUGAAUUUGCAUCUUAUUUGUUUAAUACGUGUCUUUUUGUGAAAAAUCCUUAGAAUAUAUUGGAAGAUAUGUCUUUUGAAAGCAUCUAAUAAAUGAAUUAUGUUUAAUAUAAUCCUGAUUUUUAUAUUAAAUGUAAAUAAUAAGAAUCUAGAAAAGCUGCAUAUAAUGUUCUAACCACUUUAAGUAAAGAAGAUAUUAGAAUUUAUAGAUAAAUUGUUGAAAAAGAAUUACCUUAAGUAAUUGACUCUGUUAAAACACCUGCUAUAUGGAAUUAUAAGCAUUCUAAUGAAUAAAAAAGCCAUUAGAAUUAUGUCGGAAUUAAAAACUUAUCUCAAAUGUGCUAUAUGAAUUCUAUGCUUUAAUAAUUUUAUAUGACUAGUACUUUUAGAUAUGCACUUCUAUCUGCUUAAGAUGAAUAAGAAAUAAAUUUAACUGAAUAUAAAGGAAUUUAAAUAGAUGAUAAUGUAUUACAUUAGUUAUAAAGAAUGUUCUCCUUUUUGGACUUAUCAGAUAGAUAAGAUUAUAAUCCUAUUGGAUUUUGCUUUUCUUUUAAAGAUUAUUCAGGUUAGCCGGUUAAUGUGGGGAUUUAAUAGGAUACAUAAGAAUUUUUGAAUAUGAUUUUUGAUAAAUUGGAACAUAGUUUGAAAUAAACGCCUUAUAAAAGUAUACUUCAGAGUAUUUUUGGAGGAUAGACUGUUUCUUCACUUACUUGUCUGCAAUGUGGUAGUACAACUAGUAGAGAUGAGUUGUUUUAUACUCUUUCUUUAACUGUUAAUGGAUGUAAUAAUUUGAAUGAAUCGUUUUAGAAAAUGAUUGAAGGAGAAAUUAUUUCAGAUUAUUUAUGUGAUAAUUGUCAAAGAAGAUGUGAUCAAGCUAGAAGAAUUUGCUUAAAUUAACUUCCGAAUAUUUUAAUAAUACAUUUAUAGAGAAUUGUUUUUGAUUUAGAUACUUUUGCAAAUAAAAAAAUUAAUACAAGAUUAGAAUUUCCUCAUAUAUUAAAUACAUAUAAAUAUACACGCGAAUUUUCAGAUUUACAAAAAAUUCUAGAAGCAAAAGAUUAGGACAUUCCCUAUUUAGAAAAAAAAGACUCAACUUUAAUAGAUGAGAAGAUUGAAAACCAUGAAGAUAAUCUCCAAUAUUAAUAUAAGCUAAAAGGGGUAACUGUUCAUUCAGGAACAGCUGAAGGAGGUCAUUAUUAUUCUUAUGUAAAUUAUAAAGAUGAUAAAUGGAUAGAAAUGAAUGAUUCCAAAAUAAAAGAAUUUGAUGCUUUAAAUAUUGAAAGUGAAUGUUUUGGAGGUUUGUCGUAAAAGCAAGGUGAUAAUUGGUGGGAAAAAGAGGAGACUUAAAAAAGCGCUUAUAUUUUGAUUUAUGAGAAAACUCUAAAAAAUACAAUUAAAAUUUAUGAUAAGAAUAUUGAUUAUUAUAGUUUUUAAAAAAGGGUUAUUCCAAGAAGUCUAUAUGAAGAAGUCUGGCUUGAUAAUCAUUUUUAUAUGUAAGAUAAGCAUAUUUAUUCGAUUGAGUUUUUUACUUUUUUUAAAAAUAUUGUCCUUUAAAUGCCUAAGCCAGAUGAUUAUAUACCUUAAUAGAAUACAUUUUAUAAUAAAUUUGAAUAAAUAAGUGAGGAAAACUAAAUUCUUUAUUAAAAUUUAUUAAAUAUAUCUUUGAAAUUGAUAUUUAAUGUACUUUUGAAGGCAAAUGAUAAUUUGGCUUUGAAAGAUUUAAUUAUUUAAAUCAAAUAAAUUAUCGAUUUAAUACCUUAGUAUGUAUUCUUAUUUUGUAAAACGUUUAUCUUUGAAAAUCAAAAAUAAAUAAUUGAAAUUUUUACUAAUUGCUAAGAUGCUUUUACUCGUUAAAAUAUAUGCUAAUUAUUGGUUUAUGCAAUCAAUAUUUUUGUUUCUUUUUCUUAUACUUCUGGUAAUAAUUAAGAUUAAUUUUUAGUUUUUGAAGGAUUUCUAGAUAGCUUCUUGGAUAUUUUAAAUACUGAAGUGGCUAAAAAUUGGUUAAAAAUGUAACAUUAUUUAGAGUUUUGGAGAGAUUUUGUUUAAGGAGGCGAGUAUUAGGUAUAAUGGGCUUUCUAAAAAGAAUUUAUUGCAAGAUUUAUUGAUUUUUUCUUAGGAAAAAGUUCCCCAUUGACAUGCUUUGGAGAAAAAAAACAUGAAAUAGGAAAUAAAUUUGUAUAAUCAUCAUUUUAACCUUUAAUAUAAUUAGUAUAUUAUCUAGUAUGUAGAAGUAGCAUAAUUCCAAGUGAAGAAAAAUAAUAUGAAUUAUCGUAAAAUGACAAAAUUUGUUUAGAGAAUUAAGAAUUUUAUUAAAGGUGUAUGAUUGAGAAUUAUGAUAUAUAAUGUUUAGGUUACUUAAUAGUGUAUAUGUGUUAUAAUAAUAUGUAAAUGAGUGAAAUGAUAAACAAAUUAAUAUUAAAAAAUAUAUAUAAGAGCACAAAUGAUUAUUUAAAAUAAUAUUUAGAUUUAGUGCAUUAUUUUUUGAAUAUAAAUGAUUAAUUUUCUAAAUAUAGAAUCGAAUUACUGUUCGGUUAUCCGAAUUUGAAAAACAACUACAUUAGUAAUAAUUAUUUAAGUAAUUAACAUUUUUCUAUAGAAUGUAAAACAAACGAUUUAGAUGCGUAAAUUUAUUUUUACGAAACUAAAUAUAAAGAUGAUAAUUGUAUGCCUUUAUUAAAUUAAAUGCUUCAUUUUAAAAGAUAAAACGAAAGUGUAUGUUUGAAUCUAAUUAAUGCAUGUCUUUAAUUAUGUAAAACGAAUCCUUUAAUUUUUGAUUUUGUUAUUAAGAGCCCUGCGCCUAAUUAUUCUUGUCCCUUGUAUACUUCUUGGAUUAGGCCAAUGGUAGAAAAUGUACUUUAAGACACUAUAAGGUAUUAUUAAAAUUCUUAAAAAGAAAACUUUUUGAAAGGUAUUUUAAGUCUUUGUGAUGAAUUAGAAAAUUCAAUUUUGAUUAAUUAUUAAAACUUUGAUUCUUUAAAACCUAAUUAUUUCUUAGGAAAAACCUGUUAAGAAUAUUUGGUAGAAGAAAAAGUUUUGGGUGAAUAAAAUGGAUAGAAAGUUAUUUUAAAUGUUUUUGAUAUGGAAAUUUAUUAUGCAGAUUCAUUUCCGGACGGAAAAACGAAUCUGAGUUUUCCAGAAAAUAUAAAAAAUUUUAAUAUGUUGCUUUUUUCAUAAAUAGAUUUAUAAAAUUCGAAUAUCUAAUGCAUUUUUUCUUAUAAUUAAAAUUAAAAUAAUAAUAUAGAUUAUAAAAAACCUGCUAUUAAUAUAAAGUAAAUUAAUGAAGAUAAAAAUCAAUUUUACAACUCAGAUGAUGAAUAACAAAGAGGAGAUAAUAAUAGGCUUUUUAAAGUUUAAAAAAUCUCAAUUACUAAAUCUGCGGAGAAAAAUAAUGAUGAUAAAUAAAAAGAUCUCGAUUCUGAUUCUAGUACUAAAGCAGUUUACAAGUACACAUAAAAAACGAAUACCAAUUAUGAAAACAAUAAUAAAAACAUAAACAAUAAUGAUAUAAAUCCAGCUGUUAAUAAUAAUUAUAUAAAUGAUGCUGCACCUUGCAAUAGUGAAGUAGAAAUUGAGUAAAAUAAUGAAGAAGUUAAUUAAGCUCAAAGUUAAUAAGUAGAAAACAAUAUAAAUCAAAUUAUUUAUACAAAUUAAUAACACUAAUAAAUGGAAGAAGAGCAAUAAAAAGAAGAGUUAAUAAAUAAUAAAUAAAACGAACAUAAUUUAGAAGAAGAAGAGGAAAACAUAAAUAAUUAUACUAAUAAAGUAAGCGAAGUAUAAAAUAAAAUAAUAAAUGAAAAUAUUCAAUUAUUAACGACAAUAAACUUAAAUGUAAAUGUAGGAAUCGUAGCUAGAAAAAUGCUCAUUAAAAAUAUGACAGAUAAAACAGUAUAAGUUUCUAUGCUUUUUAAACUUCCUCAAUAAAGUCAAUAAGAACUUACUAAAGCUUAAUAAAACUUUUUGUUUAAAUAUAAUUAACCAUUACCUUCCGCAACUGUUUUCACUAUUCCUCCAAAUACUUCUGAAACUGUACUUUGCAUUGCAAAAUAUUUCCCUGAAAUUCCUUUUGAUUAAUAUGAAGGUCUUUAUGAAAUUAGUUUCGUUGAUAAUAUAUCUAAUAAUAAUAAUUAGGUAAAUAAAAAUAAUUAAAUUUCUAAUUAAAAUAUUGGAUGUGAUCCUAUAGUAGAGUAUGAACCUUAAUAAAUUCCUGUUAUGGGACCUUUGAACCAUAAUCAAGAAGAUUUUGGCUAUUAAUUAACUGAUGCUGAAGCUUAAUAAAUUGCUUAGUAAGCUUCUGAUGAAUAAACAAAUAAUUCUUAAUUUAAAAGCUGUUUAACAUGCACUUAUGAAUAACCUGCUUAAAAUAUUAUGUGUGAAAUGUGUUAUACUUCAUUUAAAUGAUCAUUUGAAAUAAUUUAAGAAUUUAUUUAACUUUAUAUAAAUAAUAUAUAUGCU